CGGAGUGACGUCAUUGUCAAUGGACGACUGGGGCGCUACUGCGCAGCUGCGGGGUUGGAAAUCGGCUCUGCGCGCAUAGAGGGAAUAGUCGUAGCAUUCAUAAUGCUGUACACAACUAUGGGCGCUGUUCGACUAGCAUCUGGGGUUGGACUUCCAGUUGCCCGUGGCAUGGGAACACUGGCUGCUAAAAUGGCAGAAUACAGAAAAAUGUGGAAGCCAACUGAGCCAAAGGAUUGGGCGAUGCAAUAUCAAGAACGAUAUAUACCUUUAACCAAGUGCCAAAUUGUACAGCAUCUAAUUCAGGACAUUCACUGUGAUAACUCCGAAAGACGCUCUUUCUUGUCCUUUGUAGACCAGCUGGAGCACAGCCUUCUUCAGCCCUACCACUCCACCCUUGAAGCACUUCAGUUACUCUAUGAUCCCAUUAACCCAGACCGCGAUGCAACAUUGGAGGUACCUUUAAUGGAUUCAGAGAGACUUCUUAAAGAAGAAGAAGUCUUGAACCAACUGCAACCAGUGUUGGAUCAGGCCAAUUUCAAUGUCCUGUCAGAGGAUGCCCUAGCGUACGCACUCGUUGUUCAUCACCCUCAGGAUGGAGUGCAGGUCUAUGUGAACCUUGACAGAUAUGAAUAUAUCCGGUUCUGGGCCCUCGGACAGAGACUGGGACCCCUAUCCACUCAGAUGAGCACCAGUCCCAAGAGCUCCUUCUUCUCCCGGUCUCCUCGCACCCCACCAGAAAGGCGCUACUUUAAGCGAGUCCUUGUGGCAGCCCGUCCCAGGAAUGGCCAUAUGGUCUUAAAAUGCUUCAAGGACAUCCCCCUGGAAGGUCUGGAGCAGCUGCUUCCCGUGGUGAAAGUUCGCACUUCCAGAUUUGAUCGCACCUUGCUCAACACCAUGCUGCUCGUCAGCGGAGGAAUUGUGUUUGUCAACGUGGGCAUGGUCGUCCUCACAGAUCUGAAAAUUGGAACUUCUUUCCUCCUGUUCCUCUUUGCCGGAUUCAUGACAUUUCGAACUUGGAAGGUGUUUUCUCAGCGUCGGAAUGUAAAUUCACUGGAACUGGCACACAUGUUGUAUUAUAAAAGCACUUCCAAUAACUCCGAACUGCUCGGCGGCCUCACUCUUAGGGCUCAGGAAGAACACGCCAAAGAAGUGAUCCUGGCUCACAGCUUCUCGAAAAAACUCAACCUUCCAAACGAUGGGAGUGGAGCAGAAGAUCCCAUAACAGUGGCACGGGUCAAGGAGCAAGUGGAAGCCUGGCUGUUAUCAAAAUCAGGACUAGAGAUCACAUUUUCGGCUCAGCGUGCGCUCCAUAAUAUGAAGAAGUUAAGUGAAAAAAACAAAGAAAUGCCUCUGCUCAGUAGUUCAGAGAAGCUGACGUGAGGCUGGUGCCCAUUUGAAGGGCAUCAAUCAUAUCCUUUGCUGUGAUACUUGGUUCAAUGAAGCAACUUCUUCUGCUUUGUAUGAUCCGUGCUGCGGUUUGUAUCUGGUGUCUGCACCCCAUGGAUCUGAAUAUCACUGCCAUUGAGUUUUCUUAAAGGUCACUUUGGGCUCUUUAACCCGACUCAUAUACAGUAUGUGAUACUGUGAGCAUGGGAAUCUCUAUGCUUGUGCUUGUCUACACUGCUGCGGCUGCUGCUUGUGUGUUUUGGCAAUAUUAUUUAUUCUUCAAAAAGUAGAAAGAAUAGUGAGUGCACAUGAGCGGGUGGGUUUCUGCCUCUCGAUAUUAUGGCUCUGUACUCUGAGCUCAAAUUGUAUUGGCUGUUACUCAUUGUCUUAAAUACACAAGGAAGGAUGGGUGUUCGUAUCCGGAAACCAAACACUUCGGAGGCAGCUAAAUUACUAUCAUGGGGCAAACUGCUUCAGUGGAGAAACUCGGAGCCGCCAACUUUUAUUAUAGAAAUUGCUCUGAUCAAAUCUGAAGUGAAUUGUUCCCAUGAAACUGCCCUGGAACAGAUUUGUACUUGUGUUAGUUAAUGAGCCAUGAGUUGUUGUUGGGUUCCAACAAAGCUUACAUAUAUAUCCGGUGUAAACUGGAAGCGUGAAAUGAUGGAUUCUAAACCGACGGCCCAUUUGUCUAUGUUUAUCAAAACACUAGACAAACAAUAACAAUUAAAGUGGACCUGUCACCCAGACACAAAAAGCUGUAUAAUAAAAGUCCUUUUCAAAUUAAA